AGCAUUUAGGCGCUCAAGCAGGCGACAGCCAGCGAGUUCAGCUGUGUGUAAAGGCUGCUGUGUGUUAUCAGUGAACGUGCAACUGUCAACGGCGUCAGACGUCAGCAACGGAAGCUGAAAAAGUGAAAAAGUGUCUAAAUGAAGAAAUAAAAUUGUGUGUUGAAACACAGAAAUUCAUUGAUUUUCAGAGGUCAAUUUGUGAACGAAAUAAAAACAAAAGAAACGCAAAGUGCAGCAGAGUACAAGUGGCAACAAAAAAAUAUAACUGUAAACACAAAGAGCAACAGUAAAAUAAGCAAAAAAUUUACUUUAGUUUUUCAAGAGAAGUGAUAACAAAAAGUGACGGUGCAAGAGCGAAUGCGAGCAGCAAACAUAGAAAAAUAAAUAAUGUCUGAAGCUGUGCUGGCGUAAAAAAGAAACAAUAAACAAAACAACAAAAAUAAAAUAAGAGAACAUUUCUUUACGAAAAAAAGUUAAAUGAAAAGUGUAAAGUGUAAGAGCCAUUGAGAGCGCGAGUGUGAAAAAGUGUGAAAAUUCAUUUUAAAUACACACAUGUAAAAGCGUCACUCACCACCUACUUCGCCAUCUUAACUAAGUGGCAACAACAAUAACAAUAAAGGCAUAACUACAGCUACAAAACGGGCAAUGCCACGCCACGCAGAGGCGAUGCACAUUCGCACACAUGCAAAUGCUACAAAAGAGCUGUCAGUUUAAGACCAAAAUACAUGUGUUACAACAAUAGCAACAACACAAAUCGUAGUAGAAACGGCAAACGCCGCUGAGACAGCAACUAAAGCCGCCACACACACAGUGGAGGAGGCAGAGGAGGAGAAGGCAGUCGAAAGCUGUAAUAAUAACCAGGAAAUAUAAGUGUGCAGCAGAGUAGCGAGUAACGGGGAAAAAAGCAGAAGUUUUUGUCUGGCAUUCGUUGUCUUGUCUUCCUGUGACGUUAAGUGAACCUCGAACAUUAGCAACAUGUUGAAGUUUCUGCGGAUUAUUUGCAUUUGGAUUUGCUGCGCGUUCUGUCUGCUGGAGCGUAUACAAUUGCCCGCCGCCACAGCCGCCAUUGCAGCACCCUUCGAGUAUUUCGAAGAUCACGACCAACUCUCCUACGACUUGGAUACCGAACAGUCAAAAGCUAAAUAUGAUACACGUCUGCUGUCCGAGCAAAUGCUGAAGUUGGAAAAAUCCACUGAACGCUAUGAAAGCGCUGACAGCCAUGCUAACGGCAUGGGUAACAGUGCGACCAAUUCCGAACUGGACGAAGACACCGAGUCGGAAGCAGAUGCGGAUGUGGAUGAUUUGCAACCGCAUGAACGUGCGGCUUCGUGUCACAACAAUGGCCAUAAAUACACACACGGUCAAAAGGUGCCUCGAAUUGAUCCAUGUGAAGUAUGUCUCUGUAUGGAUGGUGAGAUAUUUUGCUGGUGGGAACUAUGUUCCAAAAAGCCUGAAAACCAAAUCCCAGCCGAAUAUCACGCAAACCCACAAUACGACACUUCCACUGUCAGAUUGAAUGCGUUGAGCAGUACUUCAGGCACGACAGCACAACCCACCGUUGACACAGUGAAGCUGCAGCAACAAUACCCGGAUCCACGCCCCUACGGCAACACCUUCGAACUAAGUGCACCGAAACAUGAACACCACACUGAGAGUAGUAAAAGCAAGCAACAACAGCAACAAAUACAGGAAACAACCAUAACCAGCUCCACCGCCACCGGUGGCACUAAGCCCUCCGCGCACGCCACCAAAUCCUGGCAAAAGAAGAAGACCUACCAACAGCAGCAGAAGCAAAAACACGAACAGCAAAAACAACACCAACACAAACAUGCACACGACCAGGCCGCAUACUAUGCCUAUUCGCCGUUGCCGUCAUCGGGGUCGGCCAGCAAAAUUCUCAGCUUCCCCGAGAACCUGCCAUCCGUGUUGUAUCACGACUACCGCACCGAGGAGCAUCAACACCACCAACAUCAACAUCACCAGCAGCACUUGAAGCAUCAGCAGAUAAAGCUACAGCUAUUACACCAACAGCAGCAACUAAAACGCAAGCAACAAAUGCCGCGCACACACGGUCCGCGGAAGAGUGGAGAGCGCCAGCCAUUGCAACAUCAACACGGUAUUUUUGCGGGAAAAGCGGCGGGAGCGAGUGCAUAUGCUUCAUUGCCACCACUGUAUACCGGCAGGGACAGCAGCAACUCGGAGCUGAACGCCGACUGGGGGCUGGUUGGCGGCAAUGAAAACAUCUACGAUGAUAUCGAGACGGACAGCGAUAUACUCCCCGAGCCGCCGACAAAGAAACCGAAAAUGACAGCCACAGCGGAAGCAACAACAAAUGUUGUUGAGUUGGCAACAACAACAACAACAACUACCGACAACAUGACUGCCAGCAAACCAGCUGGUGUUGCAGCCGACGAGCGUGCGAAUGUUCCAGCUGCAGGAGGCGUUGCGGGUGGCGUACAAGCGGCCGGACACGUGGGUGUGCAGCAAAGUGACAGCUUCGUCGUCGGCAACGAGAAGUCAUUAAAAAUGAAUGCUGCUGAUGCGUCGUCGCUUUCGCUCUCCUCAUCGUCCCCCACCUACUCCACGUCAACGCCAACAUCAUCAGCUGUGGUUAAUGCGGCCACACCGGCGUAUCCAACGUCCAACAAAGUAACGGACAACAUAGCGGAACUCCGGCAGCAGGAUGUGUUUAAUCGCGAAAGCAGCGAAGAAGAUCAGGAUGACGCCUUCCAUCGCUGGCUCACGUCCACCGAAAUUAACGCCAACAACAACAACAACAGCAGUAAUAAGAACAACACAAACAGCAACACUGAUAAUAAUAACAAUUCUAUGGAUUUAGAGAGCGCGACACCAGCACGUCGCACAGAUUUGUUAGGUCUCGCCGGGACACAAACUAUUAAUGCAACGACCGCAGCAAAAACAAUAAACGACACGCAUGCAGAGUCGAAGGGCGCGGACGGUGGCGGUGGCGCUAGUGGCAGAAAUAAUAAUAAUAGCAAAAUUGAUAACGUUUACUUUCGCAGUUCCUACAAUGACUACAGCAGUGAGUACAAUGGCAGCGUGGUGAAUAUCGAUAUAUUGCUCACCACGGCGGAUGAGCAACAGCAAGCUCAACAGCAGCAACAGCAUAAGACCGAUUUGAUUACGCAGUCAAGCAGUAAUUCACAGCAGGCGACAAGAGACGGCGGCAUAGCGGCAGCAGUUAGCAACAAUUCCAGCACCGUGCCGCCAAGAUAUGCAAUACCAACGAUACCAAUUCUUGGCUAUGAUACGAGGAAUCCGGACCAUCAGUGCAAUGUUAUGGGCACGUUAUACGAUGUUGGCGUUGUACUGCCACAGGAUACCGGAAAUUGCCUGCAAUGUGUGUGCAUGGAUGGCCCGGGUAAGAAUGACCCACCGCGCGUCACCUGCAGUCCGCACAAUUGUCCGCCCCUGGUGCUGCCCGAUCUAUUCGAUGCCACAGGAUAUUAAACGGACCAACUCACACUGCGGCCGCGAGAGUAACCAGCAUCAUACACCCAAACACACACGCACACCCACACAUAUAAGGCACCAGCGAUACAACAAAAAAAGGAAAAGAAAUCGUAAAACUAAAGCAUCACCCUGAUGGCGGCAGUAAUACCAGUAAUAAUGAUGCGUUUCGCUGCCAGUUCAUCAACCAAAGCAACCGAUGUCGCUGAAAGUUAAAAGCUAAUUGAUCAACAACAUUCGGACGAAGUAGAAUGCAACGCCUAGGCAUAUCCUGCAACAAAUCAUACUUCCAAAGAAACAACAACGUUAAACGUACACCGUUACACGCACAUAUUCAUAUACUUAGAAAAAUAUAAACUGCAUAGACCAUAGUCCUUCCACGUACACUCACGUAUAAACCAGCACACAAAUAUAUUUAGGAAAGAGCUGAAAUAAUAUGAAAUAAAUGAAAACCAGAAAUUUAGUGCUAAGUCGAAAGCUAAAACCACACACAACUACAAAAAGCGUAGUAGAAAAUUUCAAAAAUUGUAUGAUAACGGUAAAAGAAUAUAUUUUUGUUUGAGUUUUCAGCUUGCAUGAAAUAUUAGACGGCUGCACAGAAAUGGCAGAACGGUAAAAAGUAAAAAAGCAAAGCAUAAUGAGGCUACCGACUACAGAAAUCUUAAUGCGUUAGUGUUAGUAGCUCAACUGAAGUGCAUGUAUAGGAUAAAUGUAUACAUAUUUAGCGGUAUUUAUAUGCAAUAUAAGCCAAAAUAUGCUGAUUAUUUAUAAUACACAUAUACAUAUAUAUAAUACACAUAUAUAUAUUUGAUGCAGUAUUUAAAUAAUAAUAAUGAAUUACUUUUAAGAUGAUAAUUAAAUGAUGGAUUAAAGUUAGGUGAAAAAUACCAAAAAAAAAAAAAAAUAGAAAUCAUAUAAACUUAUAUAUACCCCUAUAUAUAUGUAAGUAUAUAUACAACAAUUAAAACUGAGUACAGACAAAUAAUUUAAUUUCUUGAAAUUUACCGUUAAUUAAACUAGGAUUAUAACCGAAAUGCAUAGAAAAUAACAAACAUAGAGAAAUUGCAAAAUACAUGAUUUGCUGAAUUAUUUAAAAUAUUUAAAUUAUUAAACAGAAAGGCGGAAAAUAUUUGCGGAAAUUGCGAAUUCAUAACUUUUCACAUACAAAUACCAGUUUCACUGCAUUGCAGCAAACAGACAAAAGCGCAAACGAAAUAAUUUAUUUAAAAAUGUUCAUAAAUGCGCUUUUCCAUUUGCACACACACACACAUUUGCGCAAACAUAAAACGUGUGUAAGCAUAUUUGCAUAUUAAUAUGGUCGUACAUUUGUACACUUCAAAGUGUGUGCAAGUGCAAAAAAGUUGCGUAUACGCCACCGGCCAACGGCAGCGGCUCAAUGUUAAUCACUUCAACAACUUAAUUAAAAGUAAUCAAAAGCAUAUAAACUAUUUUAACUACAACAACAGCGGCGGACAAAAAUUUCACAAUUUAUUUCAUACGCAAUUUAGCGCACUGAUUUAUUGCCUUUUAAUUAUGAAUUGUCGUUUUUUUCGCCCCGUUUUUAUUAACGGCAUAUAAUAAUUAUUUUGUUUGCAUGCGAAGCUCAGUGUACACAAGCUUUUCUACGAAAUCCCACUAGAAGCUGAUGGCAAAAUUUAUGCUAAACAUUAGCAAUCACUAACAAGCAGAAAAAAUAAUCUGCAACAACAGUUUUUAAUUCUAUUUUCAUUAAUUUCGAAAUUUGUGUAUUUGUUUAAUUUAAAAAGAUUACAAAUUGCGAAAUUAUUUAAAAGCACGCCACCGUGGCAAAUAUCACUUUAUCAAUGCCAUAUUAAUUUAGUAAGCUUCACUAAAUUUCUGCAAAUGCAAUCCACAAAAUUUUAUUCAUUUUGUGUGUUAAAUUAAUUAUUUUUGGCUGCAUAAAUAUGCAGCUGGAUUUUUUGCUAUUGAUAUGCAUAUCGUAGCGCAUGAAUAUUUUGAACAAAUUAUUAAAUAUUUAUUUUUUGAUUUUUGGUUUAGCUUUCAUUGCUGUUCGUGACAUAUUGCAUAUUGCGAAAAUUAUAAUCAGCGAGUGGAGAAGUUAAUUAAAAGUGUGAACAUCCAUGUCCUCAAACAUUCCAUUUGAGCUACACAAAAUUUAAACCUAAUUAAACAUUUUAAAUACAGUUUUUGAUGAAACAAAAAAGAUAAGAAUUUAUUAUCUUUAUAUGUUCCAUAGUCAUAGAAAGAGUGGAAUCAUUAUAGAUGUUGGAAUUCAUCACUUAAAAAUGCCGAAGAGCUUCCCUUUUAAACCCGAACCGGAGUUUAAAAUUUCUACCAUUUUCUCUUUCUCAAUAUAGAAAUUCCGAGUGAAUAUAGAAGUUCUUAUAUUGAUAAGAGCUAAUAUCAAUAAACUUCGCAAGUGUGAUAGACCUUUAGAACAAUAUCUUUCUCUCAACCAUCACAAAUGUUGUCAAAUUGGAUGUUGUUCCUUUAAUCCUUCUUUACUGCAAAAUUUCAUUACUGCAAACGAUGAAAGAUUCAUGCAGAUUAAUUAAUCAAUGGAUGGUGAGAAAUUCUAGAUAGGGCAUUAACAACAAUAUUGUCAGAAGACUUUUAUCGCUGGACUCUUUCGCUAGUUGUUAAUCAAUAAGUUGUUGGAUAUCGUUACAAAUUUUCCUUGGCUUUUGGUGUGGAGAAUAUUCAUUUAAUUGCAAAACUCAAAUAUUCACACUACAGUAGUUAAUCCAGAUUGUGGUUCCACACUUUUCAUGAAUACACUCUAAAAGCAAACUCAAUUUUCCGGGGGAA